AUGACGGAAUCCACUAGACUCGCAUACUUGAGGAGUUCAGCCACAAUUGGCAAUGCACUUCUAGUUGGGAUCAGAUUCAAUGCUUCCGGUGAUGCGGCCAGUCUCCUUCUUGACAUCACUCUUUUUUAUCCGCAAGGGGGCGGGCAACCGUAUAUACACCUUCUCAUCCUAGAUGCGACACAGGGCAAGGUCCCUCAAGAAAAGAUUUCUAAUAACGAAAUGCUUCCUACAGGGGAUCCCCUGAACAGUACUGUUGAGCACGUUAUCGGGGAUGCGGAACAACGCACUACAGCCCAAAAGUUAGUUCCUCUUCUUCCGCUUCCAGUGACCCUGCGAAUCGACCAUGAUCGCCGCUUUCUCAAUAGCCGGCUUCAUACGGCCGGCCAUCUUCUUGAUAUUGUUCUCAUCGAGAUAAUGGGCUUAUCUCUUACGACAGGGAAGGCAUACCAUUUUCCAGAUGGACCCCAUGUUCUAUAUCGUGGUCAGCUGGUCUUCAAAGAUAAAACAGGCCCCACUAGAGAUCUCGCCACACAAAUUCCACAUACCCGUGAUGAGUUUUUGCUUUUAGUUGAGCAGCAUUGUAACAAGAUCAUCAGAGCGGAUCCCCUCACAAUCAUCCGACACGCGUCUCCACAUGAUGAUUAUGCCAUGCGAUGCAUGUCUAUCGAUGGAUUUAUAAGCGAAAUUCCAUGUGGAGGUACCCAUGUUCCUCAUCUUGGCCUUCUUGGACCUAUGAUGCGAGUCCGAAAGGUGCAGGUCAAAUCUGGCGAUAACACUACCCGAAUCUCGUACAAUCUCGACCCAAUACCUAAUGAGCUCAAUAAAAACUAA